GAAAAGAAGAGUGUGAGUGCGUGCCAAGUCGGCAUCUACUAGGGCAUCGAAUGAGAAACAUCCGCGGCUGCUUUUAUAGGCUACGCAAUACGCACCGUCCGAUCUUUUAAUCCAACGGCCCAACGAAAACCCUAGCUCAAGAACCCUUCUCUAAACCAUUUAUAAACCGCGCAUCGCCUCGCUGCUCCUUCCAUUCUCUCGCUCUUUUGGUUGCUGUCACUCACCAGAAAACCUCUCUCCUGUUGAAGAAUUCUUUCGAGCGAGAAUCCGUUUCUUAAGGUCAUUCUCCUUCCUUCUUGCUUUGUAUUCGUAGCUGUUUAAUACAUCUUGCAUGCUCGAUUCGAUUCAUGUUGUGUUUCGUUUUGUGUUUUGUUUAUAGAUCAAUAAUUUGCUUUGAGGAGAUGUGUUUUUGCUGUUUAGUUUAUGGUUUUUGAUUGUCGUUUGGGUUGAAUAUCGUCUGGAUUCAUGUAGUUUGUAAAUAUUAUCGUUGAUUUGGUUUUAUUUUUGUAUUCUUGAUGUUUGAAUCUGUCUGUGAUCCGAGAAUUACCGUAUGCUCCCUGUUUCGCUGGUGUUAUCGGUUGGUAUUGAAAUUUAUCUUGUUUUCUUCUGGAUUAGAGCAGUUCAGAUGUUAAUCGUUUUAGAUCUAUGUAUAUGGAUACUCGUUCAUGCAUAUAUAUAGAUUUAUCUUGUCUGAAUCAACUGGAUUAGAUGCACCCUUGGUUCUUUUGAUGCUGUAUUAGAUUAGAAGUUUCAUAAAAUUGUGUUCGAUUCUUCUUUGUGAACUAUUAUGUGACUGAUAUACCCUGUGGUCUUUAUUAAUCGUAUGAGAGAUUGAUGGGUUACUGUUUUGGCGGAUCUUAUUAGAAAUUAUUUGUUUAUAUUGUUGAUGUGUUUCAUAUGCUGUGUUGUUUCUGUUUCCCUGGGUCCUGUUUGUUGUAAUUUCAUCUGAAUGUGUUUUUGUUUUUUGUUUUGGGACAAUUGCAGUCAGGAUGGGUAAAGAGAAAACUCAUAUCAACAUUGUGGUCAUUGGACAUGUCGACUCUGGAAAGUCCACCACCACUGGACACCUGAUCUACAAGUUGGGUGGAAUUGACAAGCGUGUGAUUGAGAGAUUCGAGAAGGAAGCUGCUGAAAUGAACAAGAGGUCUUUCAAGUAUGCCUGGGUGCUUGACAAACUUAAGGCAGAACGUGAGCGUGGUAUUACCAUCGAUAUUGCCCUGUGGAAGUUUGAGACCACCAAGUAUUACUGCACAGUUAUUGAUGCCCCUGGACAUCGUGACUUCAUCAAGAACAUGAUUACUGGUACCUCACAGGCUGACUGUGCUGUUCUCAUUAUUGACUCCACCACUGGUGGGUUUGAAGCUGGUAUUUCCAAGGAUGGUCAGACCCGUGAGCACGCUCUUCUUGCAUUCACCCUUGGAGUGAAGCAAAUGAUCUGCUGUUGUAACAAGAUGGAUGCCACCACUCCCAAGUACUCAAAGGCAAGGUACGAUGAAAUUGUGAAGGAAGUGUCAUCAUACCUCAAGAAGGUCGGUUACAACCCCGACAAAAUCAACUUUGUUCCCAUCUCUGGUUUUGAGGGAGACAACAUGAUUGAGAGGUCCACCAACCUUGACUGGUACAAGGGACCAACCCUGCUUGAGGCUCUUGACCAGAUCCAGGAGCCUAAGAGGCCAUCAGACAAGCCACUCCGUCUCCCACUUCAGGAUGUGUACAAGAUUGGUGGUAUUGGAACUGUACCCGUGGGUCGUGUUGAAACUGGUGUUCUGAAGCCUGGUAUGGUUGUCACUUUUGGACCAACUGGUUUGACAACUGAAGUUAAGUCUGUUGAGAUGCACCACGAGGCUCUUCAGGAAGCUCUUCCAGGAGACAAUGUUGGGUUCAACGUUAAGAAUGUUGCUGUGAAGGAUCUCAAGCGUGGCUUUGUUGCAUCAAACUCCAAGGAUGAUCCUGCCAAGGGAGCCUCAAGCUUUACCUCCCAGGUCAUUAUCAUGAACCACCCUGGACAGAUUGGAAAUGGAUAUGCCCCAGUCCUGGAUUGCCACACAUCCCACAUUGCCGUGAAGUUUGCUGAGAUCUUGACCAAGAUUGAUAGGCGAUCUGGUAAGGAACUUGAGAAGGAGCCCAAGUUCUUGAAGAAUGGUGAUGCUGGAAUGGUUAAGAUGAUUCCCACCAAGCCCAUGGUUGUUGAGACUUUCUCUGAGUACCCACCCCUUGGACGUUUUGCUGUGAGGGACAUGCGUCAAACUGUUGCUGUUGGAGUCAUUAAGAGUGUUGACAAGAAGGACCCAACUGGUGCCAAGGUGACCAAGGCAGCAGUCAAGAAGGGAGCCAAGUGAAAUGUCUUUAUAAUGAUGAUUCUGUUGAGACUAGUUUCUUUUAUUUGUCUAAGUACUUUUAAUUUUUGUUGUGGACAACCUAGCAGUUUUGGGUAUUUUGAUAGAGUGAUUUUCAUCAAGGUUCUCUAGCCUCACUUGUGAGGAUAGUGGAGAAAUUGAGCAAUCUGGGUUUUAACUUGGUUUGCUUGGUGACAUUGGUGGAAGUCAUCUCUGUCAUCAUCUCUUUAUGUUUUGGUUUUUUAUAGGAUCAAACAUAUGAUGAUGAGUUUUAGUGUUCUCGGUUAAACAAGUUUAUGAGACCUAUGUUUUUGCGUAUGCCGUUCUUGGAAUCUUUCUGCAUUUUUUGCAUGCUGCUCUAGUUGUGAUAUAUAACUUGCAGGUAUUGGGUGACAGGUUAUCUUGAAUGUCUUGACUUUGUGUGAAUCCCCGAACUACCGCAUUGGGUGCUUUUUGUUUAAUGUGCAUUUCUUUAUCGUUACUGUCUUGAUGGCAUCUUUGCAAUAAUACGUCAUUCUGUGCUACAAGAGGCAAACAUUUACAGUUUUCUUCUUGCUAGUGGAGAUUAACUAAUUCUUUCAAUUGUACUCUUGUUGCAUUAGUGUUGUAUGUUUAUCUUGCCUUGAAAAUGUAUUUAAGAAAAGGCAUCAUUCUCAAAACUAGACAAUAAAAUAGUUCCUUUGGGCCUUUGGCUAACCAUAUAUCCUCUGCUACGAUUCUUAUUUGUUCAUAAUGGGAUAGAAAGAUAAUCAGCCGGAACAUAGGAAACGGAGAAAAGGAGAUAGUCUAAAUUGAUUUCACAAGCAGGUAUCUUUCUUGAAUACAUACAGUCAGGCAGCAGGACGAGCCUUGGUUAUGGCUAAUUAGCGGAUUUGACAAAAUAUGCACGAGAAAUGGAGUUCUUAUUCGCAUUACAAGUGCGUGUGAUUAGAAAGUAGAAACAACUAACCACUGAUGGGAUGGCUACAGUUUUAUGCGGCUAGGGAGAAUGCAGAAGCAGAACCUCGUGUUUGGACCAUCUUCCUUGAGCCACAGAAAUAGCUUCCAAAGUCAGGUGUUUUACUUGGCUUUCUUUGGUCCAAAUUCCAAUCUUGCGGGGUCAUUUUCUCUCAUUCCACUUCUUCCUUCUCGUCAUUUUUCCUUUUGGGUUUUCUUAGCUGACUUGUUUCUGUAGGAUCCUUUCUCCUCGUCUUUUUCGCAAGGUAGACUAGGACCAUCAAGACUGUCAACAAAGGACAGGACGUAAACAUCCACAACGAUGGAUACAAGAAACCCAUUGCUUGUUAUCAGUAUCGUAGUCGCACCAUGUGAUGAAUUGAUCGCCAUUCACGACAAGUAGCUUCCCAAUUCCACCAUGCAUAGGAUAUCCUAUAAGCUUUGGGUGAUGUAUCCAACCUUCAUUAUUAUUCAAAGCUCAAUAGUUUCGUCCAAGACUCUUUUUACACCAUAUUUCUUCAUCAUCCACACAUCACAAGUGUCUUUAGUAGCUUCCAAAGUACAGAUUAGACAGCCUACUAAAACACCUAAGGCAUGUACCCUGUAAGGAAGGUCACCAGGAGGCAGAGGAACGAGAUGAAUACUUGUCGGUUUUAAGGUCGAAGGCGGCUGCUAUCGCUUUCGAACCAUUGUCCAGCUGGCGCCUGCCUCUCUUGAGCCAUGUAGAGCAUUGUUAACCAAUUUUCCAGGUUUAUGAGUACUAUAAGCCAACUCAAUGAAACCCGGGAACUGAUCAUGACUAGGAACACUCUUCCAGGAGUUUGAUUUUUAGGCCAUAAACUUAAUUUUUUUGAUUGUUUUAUAAUCAUUCUACUCAGUGUUUCCACCUUGUAAUCACCAGAAGAUUCAACAGAAUCGAAUCCCGCAAAGUCAGAGGAAAUUGGAUAGUACCCAGCAGAGACACCCAGCCAAACUGACCAGAAUUGUUUGGUGAAAACAAACCACCAAACUGAGGCCGUCCAGCAAACCCUUUUCGUCCAAUUGGAUUUUGCAAAAGUUUCUUUUUUGUUUAGCCCUGCGGUGACGGCAAAAACACCAUCAAUGUGCCUUCUUGCAUAUACCGAUACAGUAUCAGUAUGUGUAUAAAUACACAGACUGGAUUCCAUUGAAAAAUUUUUGGCAUCUGAUCUCUAUGAAUCUUACUCUGUAUUGAUCACAUUAAUCAGAGAACCUAUUUUAAUAUCAUCUUCCACCUAUUGUGUAUUUGUCCCAUUUGUUACUUUAAAUAUUAAUUAAAAAUACUGUAUAUAAUAACUAAAUCAGUCAUUCCGGGACAAACAAAUGUGUAAUUAUACUUGUAAUUUUCUAAAAAUUUUCAAGUAUUGAUAGAAAGCGUGUAAAAUUUACCAGAAUUUUCAAACAUCAAGAACUAAACUUGAUUGUCAAAAGUCAAAAAAUGGUUUGAGUUGAACAUUAGAAUUGCUGUUUAACUCUUAAAGAAAACAAAAUUAUAAAGGCUUUGAGAAGACGGAAUCUUGCAGUCUAGACAGAAAGACACCAUCAAACAACAAGAUUCGAGAUGUAUAUGGAC